AUGUCGAUGCGUAGCCGUAGCGGGGUGGAGGUGGUCGCCAGUAGGGGGUGCGCGCGGCUGGUGAUCCCCGGGAUGCAUCACAACCCCUCAUCAUCCGCCGCAUCCGUCUCCUCCUCCUCCGCGGCCUCGCGCGGGGCCGCCACCGGUGCGGCGGCGGCGACGGCGGCGCGCGCCGAUGGGCCGUUCGCAGGCCUCGUCAUCUGCGUCACUGGGCUGUCCAAAGAGGCGAGGGUUCAGGUGAAGGAGGCGACGGAGCGGCUGGGGGGCGAGUACAGCGGGAGCUUGCACCCCAAGUGCACGCACCUCGUGCACAGCUUUGCCGGACGCAAGUUCGAGCAUGCACUGAAGCAUGGUCCGAGGAACGGGCUAUUCCUCGUUACCCUGGGUUGGUUUGUGGACUGCGUGCGGAGGAACAUGAGGUUGGAUGAAUCCUUGUAUGCCAUCAAGAGCAUUGGGGAGAAUGGUGUGCCGCACGGGGAGUUCAACCGCCUUGUUGGAGUUCCUGUUAACGAGAAGUCUUGCCUUCCACCACUGAUAUUUCAGGACAAGGCAUGCUCAGAUAUGACCCGGAAGGAUUUGCUCCAGACUCCUGGGAAAGAAGGCGGUCAUGAUGGGUUGGUUUUUAUGAAUGACACAAUCUACAUUGACCCUGGGAUAUCUGAUGAGAUGAGGAAAAAGAUUUCUGAUGCUGCUACUAGAGAAGGUGCAAAGUUGCUGGAGCACUGGUUUAUUGGUUGCCCUGCCACGUAUAUUGUCUGUGAGGAUGCUUGUGUUAAGAGAUAUGUAGGCCACUCAGACAACAUUGUAACUCCGCUUUGGAUGUUGAAAACAGUGAAGGAAAAAAACUUGCAGCGCCUUGUCCAUUUGUCUUCUGACCUAGCUAGGCAUGUUGCCAUGGUUCUGGAAAAUGUCCGAACAUCAGAAGAGAAUAGGAAACUUGGAAGUGUUCCUUCUAUAAACAUAAGCUCGUGUGGUCGUCCAUCAACCCAAGAGGAGAUCGAUGAAGUCCAUCAAGAGAGGCAAAAGUUUGUUGAAGUGGCAAAGAAAGAAGUCCGAGACCGCCGUGCUCGUCGUAUGCAGUCAUGUGAAGUACCCAUUCACCCGAUCACACCGGCCACGCUUCUGGAUUCAAUCUGCUGGACAAUCUCUGAGCCAACUUCAUCUGCGUCAAUUUAUAUGGAUUCUUCAUGGUCCGAUGAUGCCAAUGAGCAGCAAAGCACCACUUACUUUGAUGCAAAUGGGGAUGUGAGGGAUCCAGAUCAACCAACUGAUAAUUUUUCCCGUCCACUGAAAGAAAGUGAGCAAAGUGAGCUGAUCUUCAAGAAUCACUUCCUUACCAUACUCUUCCCUAUUGAUCGUUUUGGAGAGCUUGGACCUUCCUCGAAGACAUUCUAUAACAAUGGUGGCUUUACGUGCAUACAAGUACUGGAUCACAUCUACAACUUCUACCAGGAGAACAUGUCAACCAACGAGAUAGACAUGGCCUUGCAUACAGAUUCCCGGCAUGCCGAUCGACUUCGAUCUUUGUAUUCAGGUGCUGAAUCAGCAGAGAAAGGAUUUGUAGCUUUUAAAAGAAUAGACUUCUUAGGAAGCAGAAGAAGUUUUGAGGCACUAAAGCGCAUCAACAGGGAAAAUAAUAGCAACGUAUAUGAACUUGUAAUUAGGGCAUGA